UUUUUAGGCUUUAAUUAAGUUAAAUAACUAAAAAAUGGGUAUAAUGAACAAGUUAUUUGGCUGGCUUAAAGGCAAAAAGAAAGAGGCCAAUGUUUUAUGUGUAGGUUUAGACAACAGUGGGAAAACUACAAUCAUUAAUUACCUGAAACCAAACGACGCACAACAAGUAGAUAUUGUACCUACUGUAGGAUUCAAUGUAGAAAAAGUUACAAUGACCAAUCUCUCAUUCACUGUGUUUGAUAUGAGUGGGCAAGGACGUUACAGAGUUCUCUGGUCACAUUACUACAAGGAAACACAGGGCGUUAUAUUUGUAGUGGACAGUGCAGAUAAACUGAGAAUGGCUGUAGCUAAAGAUGAAUUAGACCAGCUUUUGAAGCACCAAACAAUUAUGAACAAAAGAAUUCCCAUUUUAUUUUUCGCUAACAAAAUGGACGUUCAGAAUUCUCUGUCCGCAGUUAAAUGUUCGCAGUUACUUGGUUUGGAAAAUAUUAAAGAAAAACCAUGGCAUAUAUGUGCUAGCAAUGCUAAGACAGGAGAAGGCUUAAGCGACGGAAUGCACUGGUUAUCUGACCAACUUCAAACUGUUAAGUGAUACGCCAUGUUUGGAACUUGAUUGAACUUAAGUGUUUCAUAUACUAUAGGACCAGUGGCGUUGAUUUUAUAAAAAAAAGUUGACUUUAUAAAUUAUCAAAAAGGGUUAAAUGUUAUGUAUGUAAGACUAAGAGUACAUUUGCAUUUAUUUUAAGUGCUUUUAAAAUUGGAAAUUUAGGGUAAGCCUACAUACCCUGCAACAUAUUUAUCGUAUUCGCUAAUACAAAGCCCUAAGCUUGGCAUUUUAUUUUAUUCGAGUUGAAACAUAUUAUAAUGUUUACUUUACUGAAGGGUAUAUAAACACGUGUUUAUAAAAAAUUCAUAUAUAUUAUUUUUUAUAAGUUUUUCAGUAUGCUAUGUUUAUUUUACUAAUGGGUACCAACUUAAAAUACUAUUGUUUUCAUAGCAAAAAUUCAUAUAUAUUUUACAUUUACAUUAAGUCUGUUUUUUUUUACUUUUUAAGACCCCGCAUUGCUAAUGGUGCAAUAACACUGUGAAAAAUACAUUGUGGUCAUUUUAAAGACAUUUUUUAGGAUGUAUUACCCCCUAACAUAUGUUAUAUAUAAAUAUAGGCUUGCCUAUUCAUAAUAUCUCAAUUUUGUGUCAACCCUUAACUAUUUCAUGCGCUAUAUGGUAAAAAUGCCAGUAGUAUAUUGUUUUGUGCCAUAUUCUGCUUUUAAAUAUGUUAUCGUUGUGAAAAAAUAAAUUUGAAAGGAAAACUUACAAUUUAA